UCUUUGCCAUUCAGACGUAAACAGUCGGCUGGUUUGUUCCGAAGUUGUUUGGUUUUGUAAUAAAUUUAGUGAGUUUAGUACUAGUUACUUUCUAACUGAUCAUUAAGAGAAAUUCAUCUAAACUUUAAGCUCGACAUCUUUAAAAGAGUUAAUCAAUAAUGGCGGAUGAUUGGCAGUCUCAAAAGUUCCGACAAAGUGUCAUUGCGAAAAUAAAUGAAAUUUUGCAAACAACUGGGCAGGAUCCCACAAAGAAUCCGAGUGUAAUGGAAAGUCAUAUUUUCAAGAAAUCUCGAAAUAAAGACGAAUAUUUAAGUUUAGUUGCGAAACUCUUUAUACAUUUUAAGGAAUUAGCUCAGAGACGUCCACAGCAACCGCCACCUCCAAAUUCAGAAAUAAAUCAACAAAAUAUGAUGCAAGAUCCACUAAAUGCACUGCAAAACCUUGCAAGUCAAGGCAAUCGCAAUUCUCAAAUUAUGUCCAUGCCUGGUGUUUCGAACAAUAACCAAAUGCCUGGUCCAGGUGGACCUGUUGCUGCUUCUAAUUUACUACAAAGUUUAAAUCAACAACGCCCUGGUCAAAUACAGCAAAUGCAGGGAAUACGUGGACAACUGCCGUUAAACAGCAACAAUAUCGGUGGUCCUAAUCAAGGUCCCAAUUUAGUUGCUUCUGGUGGGCAACAAUUGGUGCCACAAAUUGGAACAAAUAUGGGCAACAAUAUGCAAAUGAAUGUGAUGGGAACAGGUCAGCAACCGCAACUGGUUGGAAACGUUCAACAAAUGGGCAAUGUUGUCGGACAAAUGGGUCAGAUGCCACCUAAUGGUCCUGGUUCUGGUGUAGCGCCAGGUGCUGGCGGACAAGCAGUAGGCCCAAAUCAAAUGCAAAUGAACGUGGGACAGAUGCAAGGCGGUCCAAUUAAUGUGAACACAAUGAAUGUACAGCAAAUGACGCAGAUGCCACAAAUUAAUCAAAACCAAAUGAAUAUGGGAAUGAGCCAUCCACAAUUAAAUCAAAUGAUGAAUUCACGCAUAGGCCAAGGUGGAGCUAUUAAUGUUGGUUCCAAUGUAACAUCACAAAACAUGCAAGGUAUGCCUUCAAACUUACAAGGUCAAGUUGGACCAAUGCAUCAAGGUGGUAUAGUCGGCGGACAACAAAAUCAACAAAUUGGUGCAAAUAUUCCAGUUAAUAAUGCUCAAACUGGUAAUUUAAAUCAAAUAUUAAAUAUGCCAAACGCUAUGCAGAAGAAUAUGUCAAUGGCGCAAAACAAUCAAUUGUACUCAGUUAAUCGUGGUGUUGCUGGUGGACAACAGCAAUAUUUACGUCAAAGUCCUUCGCCUAGUACAGUGCCUUCACCAGCUGGUAUGGGUUCAACACAAUUGCAACAACAGGCAAAUGCUAAUCAACAGCAGGCACAGGUAGCGCAGUUACCUAAUCAGCAAAUGAUACCAAGUCCCGCAUUGGUUCCCUCAUCUAGUCCCCAAAUGUCCAAUUUAAUGCAAAAUAAUCAACGUAACUUACGGCAAUCACCAAGUGCUCCCUUAAAUACACCAGGACAAGUGGCUAAUAACAGUCCAUUUAAUCCUCAAGAGGAUCAGUUGUAUAGAGAAAAAUAUAAGCAAUUAGCUAAGUACGUUGAGCCACUAACGCGUAUGGUUGCCAAAAUUGGUAAUGAUGGAACUAAUGUCGAAAAAAUUACAAAAAUGAGCAAGUUAUUGGAAAUACUAAGCAAUCCAACAAAACGCGUACCACUGGAGACAUUAUUAAAAUGUGAAAAAGCCUUAGAGAAAAUGGAAAUAGUUUCCUAUUCUGGUCAACAAUUUGCAAAAUCCACUAAUCCUCUAUUGGAAGUACUGAACACAACAAUACAAUCUCCUCUCGCUAAUCAUACUUUACAUCGUACUUUCCGCCCAACAUUUGAAGCACUAUUCGGAACAGAUAUACUCAUUCCAUCUCUACCAAAAAUACCACGCUUAAGUGAGGAACCGAAUGAAGGUGAAUUUACUAUACCGCAUGUUUUACAAGGAGAAAUUGCACGUUUGGAUCAAAAGUUUAAAGUAACAUUGGAUUCGACAGUACAAAUUAGUGCAAAACUAAUAAAGCUUGUUUGCUGCCUUGACGAUAAGUGUUUACCUAACGUCCCACCAAUCAGCGUUAGCAUACCAGAGGAAUAUCCAUAUGUUUCGCCUGAAUGCACAGUUAUAGAUCAAGAGUAUUUAGCCACGCCAUUUCUAAAGGCAAUACACACGGCCUUAUUCUUACGUAUUGCAAAACUACCUAAGCUUCAUUCUUUAUCACACAUAUUGGACACUUGGGAAAUGUCAGUGCGUCAGGCUUGCUCAUCAUCAGCCAAAACGGGCAAUGAUCUUGCAAGUAUUUUUUAUUCACAAAUUUAAUUAUAAGAAAAAUUAAUAAUUAUAAACUUUAUUUUAAU